AUGCCGAUCGCCCAGAAGACCAUGCUUGGUUGGAUUCUCUCCGGGGGGUCAGAUGCAACAGCAACCGAGGAUCACCGCCGCACGUUCCGCUGCACCGCUGAUUAUGACCUCGCUGAUCUGGUGCGUCGAUUCUGGGAACAGGAACAGGAGCCCACCGCUGUCGCAUCCCUCACUCCCGACGAACAAAGAUGUGAGGAGCUCUUUGUGCGCAGUCACACCCGCACUGCCGCUGGGAGAUAUGUGGUGAGGUUGCCAUUUUCCUCACCGCCAACAGCACUGGAGGAGACUCGCAGACCAGCGGAACGUCUCCUGACAGCCAUGGAGCGACGCUGCGUCCAGGAUCCUCGCUUCGGUGACCUCUACCGCAGCUUCAUGCGGGAAUACGAAGACCUGCGACACAUGACGAUGCUAAACACUGCGGUAAUUGAUCGUCAAGACAAGUGUUACUUACCACAUCAUGGGGUCUUCAAGGAAUCCAGCACCACCACCAAGUUGAGGGUCGUCUUCAACGGAUCGCAGCAAACGCGAGCAGGGGAAGCGCUGAACACGCAUCUCCUCACUGGUGCAAACCUGCUUCCGACACUCGCCGACGUGCUGCUCCGAUGGCGUCAACACCGCUACGUCCUCGUCGCCGACAUAGAAAAGAUGUACCGGCAGAUUCUCGUGCAUCCAGACGAUUGUCGCUUCCAGACGAUCCUGUGGCGGCAUUCUCCGGACGAUGAAGUGCAGGAAUACCAGUUGAGAACGGUCACUUACGGUCUCGGUUGCGCUCCAUUCCUCGCCAUACGGACUCUUCACCAACUAGCUGAGGAUGAAGAGGAGCAUUUUCCUCGAGGCGCUGUGGCCUUGCGACGGGAUUGCUACGUCGAUGACGUCGUCACCGGAGCAACCACCCUCGAGGGAGCAAUCGUCCUCCAGACGGAACUACGCAACCUCUGUAAGGCGGGUGGAUUUCCGUUGAAAAAGUGGGCAGCCAACAAUGAGGAGAUACUGAUAGGCGUCCCGCAGGAUCAUCGCAUGCAACAAUCGCAGCACUCAUGGAAUGGGGAGAGCCACUCAACGCUAGGACUUCGAUGGCAUCCUCAAGACGAUCAGUUCUCCUUCGUGCUGCGUCCACCGUCUAUAAAGGAAUACACGAAGAGACAUGUCCUCUCUGAAACCGCACGUCUCUUCGAUCCAAUGGGUUGGCUCGCUCCAGUCGUCAUCCGCGCAAAGAUCCUCAUCCAGACUACGUGGCUUCAGGGAUUGGAUUGGGAUGCCCCACUGCCGACAGCCGACGCUCAUCGUUGGCAGCAACUGUUGGGUGACCUCCAUCUCCUCGACCGCCUGAGAAUACCUCGCUGGCUAGGCACUGGACGUGGAGACUCAUCGCUGCAACUCCAUGGUUUCGCCGAUGCAUCCGAACGAGGGUACGCCGCAGCCGUAUACCUCCGCAUCGCUGAAAAAGAGGGAACGUCAGUGAAGCUGCUAAUGGCCAAGAGCAAGGUGGCACCUGUCAAGCAAGUGACCUUGCCAAGACUCGAGCUUUGCGCCGCCGCCUUACUCACCACGUUGACACAGCAUGUUCAAACCACGCUCGACUUGACAGACACACCAACUCAUCUGUGGUCUGACUCGAAGGUCACGCUUCAGUGGAUCCAAGGACACGCCUUGCGGUGGAAGACCUUCGUUGCCAAUCGGGUGUCCCACAUCCAAACCCUGUUGCCAAAUGCACUCUGGAGACACGUGGUGGGUCAAGACAACCCUGCGGAUUGUGCAUCAAGGGGCGUUACUCCGUCGGAACUUACAAAUCACACAUUAUGGUGGACGGGACCUACCUGGUUGCUGGAGGAAGAGACUGCAUGGCCAAUCGCCGAGGUGAACACCCAGGAGGACGACCUUUCUGAGAGACGAGCCGUUAGCCUACUGACCAAGAGCCUGGUCGUCAUGGAACCUGAGCUCCUUCUUCGCUUCUCGUCGUUGCACCGCUUGUUACGAGUCACAGCAUGGUGUCGUCGCUGGCUUCGCACGGCAGAACCAACUAACACACCUGGACGGCCACUGACCUCGGACGAAUUGGAAGUAGCUCUGUCGCACUGGUUACGAGGAGUACAAGCACUUCACUUCCCUGACGAGGUCACCGCCAUCUCCGCAGGUCGCACUGUUGCAACACGCAGUCCGUUGGCCAAAUUGACUCCAUACAUUGAUGCACAAGGCGUGUUAAGAGUGGGAGGACGUCUGAAGAAUUCACUCUUGCCACAGGACGAGAGACACCCAAUGAUCGUCCCAGCAACCUCAUGGCUGACUCGACUGCUGAUCGAUUCUUGUCAUCGCCGGACCUUGCACGGAGGAGUGCAACUGACUCUGGGAUUGCUUCGACAGCGGUUCUGGGUGCUUCGAGGACGUUCAGCGGUGAAGCAGCGAUUACAUCGCUGUGUCACCUGCACAAGGUGGCGAGCGACAACACCACAACCACCUAUGGGCAAUCUGCCCCACAGCCGGGUCACUCCAACACGGCCAUUCCUCCGCACUGGACUGGACUACGCGGGGCCAAUCCUCAUCCGGACCAGCAAGGGCCGCGGUCACCGGGCCUACAAGGGCUAUAUUGCGGUCUUCAUCUGCUUCUGGUCGAAGGCCAUCCAUCUAGAGCUCGUCUCAGAUUACUCGUCGGAAGCCUUCAUCGCCGCUCUUCGCCGAUUUGUCUCCCGACGGGGUCUCUGCACCGACAUCUUCAGCGACUGCGGCACGACCUUCGUUGGAGCUGACCGCACCCUACGAGAGCUCUUCAUUGCGGCAUCUCCGGAGGGUCGAGGCGUCGCACGCGCAGCUGCCAAGGAGGGUAUCCGCUGGCACUUCAAUCCGCCGGCGGCCCCGCACUUCGGUGGAUUAUGGGAGGCCGCUGUAAAAUCUGCCAAGUAUCACCUGCGGAGGGUGAUAGGCGAAACCACCCUCACCUUCGAGGAAUUUAAUACACUCCUCACUCAAAUUGAAGCAUGUCUCAAUUCUCGACCGUUGCAGGCACUCUCCGACGAUCCAGACGAUGUUUCAGCGCUCACUCCCGGACACUUCCUGAUCGGGGCACCUCUUCUCGCCAUCCCUGAGCCGCUGCAGGAAGACGAACCUGGUUCCUCGAGAUCACGAUGGCAACAUCUACAACAAAUGAGAGAUCACUUCUGGGGGAGGUAG